UCGCAACAGCUGACACUCCGGGCUCGGUCGCGCGGCAACCGCCACGGCUUGAUCGGUGGCUCUAUACGCGAGUUCCAUUGCACCGCCGAGAAAAAGAAAACAAAUUAAAAACAAAACUUUUUGACAGAAAACUCUGACUUUUUCACUUCCCGCCGUCAGUUUUAAUCACAAAAGCGUUUAUUUGUAAAAAUUUACACGGUUUCAAUAAUUUAAAACGAGUUUUUUAUUAUAUUUUGCGAAAUUUUCGAUGCGUAAAGUUAGUGCUUGGCAUGGCAACUAGUGCGACUUAAAUAAUAAUUGUUUGUUUGCCGGUGACUUGAACACUGUUCGAGAUGGAGAAAUCGGGAGGAUCCAAGUUGCUGCAAAUGAAGGCGCAGUACCAACAGAAACAACUAGCCGAGCGGGAGCAGAAGAUCGCCUCUCUGUACGAGGCGCAACAGGCGAGGGCCCUCGACCGCGUGAGACACUCGCCCGGGAGCACCGGCACUGCUGGGAGCAUCGGCACUGCAGGGAGUCACGGGAGUAAUGGCACCAGCAGGAGUAAUGGGGCUACCAGCCCGACGGCCGCGUAUGUGCCGCAUGGGAAGGUACGACAAAUGUUCGAAGAGCGCCGCACAAAGGGCAUAGACAAGAGCUACCCUCUCCAGCCGAUCCACAACACGCGGCAGCCCCUCGCUAACGGGCACAGCAAGUCCAGCACCGGCACCAGCGUGAGACCGGAGAAGAAGCGCCCGGGUGUCGUGGGCAGGAAACCGGUGCAUGUUAAUCAUAAGAGUGAGAAUCGCUUGGUGAACGGGUCCGGUGACGUAAACCACAACCACGAGGCGGAUCUGCACACACACAAACACAACAACAACAACAACAACAACAAUAGCCAUGUGAAGCAAAAGCCCCAGCCCCCGCGCUCGCUGGCACAGACCGAGCUGCGUACCUUACAGCAGCUCGACUCACUGGACGCGCUGGUCUCCGAGCGAGCGCUGAUCGAGGACGAGACCUUCCCGGAGGCGCUGGAGCCUGUGACUCCGCGGAGUGUGGACGAGCCCCGGAGACCGCCCAGGAGGAGUCCCUCAUUGAAGUCAAAUCCGGCUCGCGCGUCCCCCGCGCCCCCCGCGGCCCCCGCCCCCGUCGCACCGCCGAGGAGGGGAAAUAGCAAUGUAACCAACAACAGUAGGCCACAGCGAACCAUGCAGCAACCCGCUUCUACAGUCACUGCUGCGCAGGUAGCUCGAAAACAGAAAAUGCAGUCCCCCCCCGCGGGCGAGGGCGACGCGUGCGCGGUGUGCGGGCGGCGCUUCGCCCCCGAGCGCCGCGCCAAGCACGAGGCCAUCUGCAAGAAGACCAGCACCAAGAAACGGAAGCCCUUCGACGCGUUGAAGCAUAGGCUUGCGGGCACAGAAGCGGAGCCCUUCAUCUCGCGAGUGCGCAAGCAGUCGUCCCGCCCCGCCGCCAGCAGCAAGCCGCUCAACUCCACGUGGAGACAGAAGCACGAGGAGUUCAUCAACGCGAUACGGUCCGCUAAGCAGGCGCAGGCACAUGUGGCGGCUGGUGGCAAGCUCACCGACCUGCCGCCGCCGCCUCCAUCAGAGAACCCAGACUACGUACAAUGUCCGCACUGCCAGCGCCGCUUCAACCAGUCAGCCGCAGACAGGCACAUCCCCAAGUGCAAGUCCUACCAGUUCAACAAGCCCAAGCCCGGCGCCAAGAGACGGUAGCCUGGUGGAAGAAGGACGGAUACAUUCAUAGUGGAUGCAGAUAUUAAUAGCUUGGGAGACAAGGGGGGAUAAAUUGAUAGUAGAUGCAGAUGUUAAAACUUAAGGCUGCCUUGUCCACUAGAGUGAAGCGGCUAGAAUAGCUGUGUGAGGUUAAAAUUGACAAAUACCUACAAUUUUAUUAGUCAAGUCAGUCAAUAUACAAUAGUAUUAGGUAUUGCCUCGCACACCGCUCCGUUCUGGUGGACAGGCAGCUUAAUAGGCCCAUGGCCUACUCAAAAUUAUAUCAUUAGAUUCGUCUCUUAACUCAUGGGGUUAUACCUAGUUCAAAAUAAGGUCGGAUCCUAUCCGAUUGAGGGUUAAUUAAAGAUGUGAUUAUCAGGAAAUCAGCGUUUCCUAAGCGGUAGGAAAUUUUUAGUACAACGAAAUUUUGAUAUAACUUUCAUGCAAUGCACGCAUAUAUCAAAUGUAGUGCAUUAAAAUAAAAAUUGACUCUGUAUGACCUGUGGCUCUGAAUAACAUUGAUCUAAAGUGGUAAUAGAGAAAUUCAAUUUAUUUACAACUAGCACGAAAGGUAACACGUAGGUUACAUGACUAAUAAAUAUACCUACCUACUUAAUUAUGGGACAGCCUAUAAGAUUCCUCGACUACGAAUAAAAAUACACUAAUAUUAUUUGUACUUACUGUAGGUACAAAAAAUGAUUUCAUGGUUUUUACUGAGCCGACAGUAAACCGCCUGUUAUUUGCAAUCAAUUUUGGUUCAAGAUCUCAAAGAAUAAAUUUGAAAAAUACUUCAUUACUUACUGAACUAGUGUUUCUAAUAAUUUAGGUAGGAACUACCUAUUUAGGUCAUUAAACACUAUUUAUAUUAUAACUACGCCAAGUCUGCUUUCUGCAAAAAUUAAACAUAGAUAAGAUAAAAAUAUUGAGGAUUGCCAUAAAACUAACGAAACUUUGGGACCUAUUUUAUAAGAUUUUUUCUCUCUAAACUCAACUGUUGUUAAACAAGUGAAACACAGAUUUCAUUAAUUACAUCAAAGCUGAAAAUAAAUGCUGUUUGUAAUCAAAUUAAUAUUAUGUCACUAAACAUUUUUAAAUAUACUAUACCUACAAUAAUU